AUCCUCAGCAGCCACGUCCAGUUCACGGUGUCCCACGGCCCCUCGGAUGCGGCGUCCAUGCGGCUGUCCCGGUCGCGCGUGGCUGACGGUGAGUGGCACCACCUGCUGAUCGAGCUGAAGAGCGCCAAGGAGGGCACGGACAUCAAGUACCUGGCGGUCAUGACCUUGGACUACGGCGUGGACCAGGACACGGUGCAGAUCGGGAACCGGCUCCCGGGGCUGAGGAUGCGCAGCGUGGUGCUGGGCGGCGUGUCGGAGGACAAGGUCUCGGUGCGCCGCGGCUUCCGGGGCUGCAUGCAGGGCGUGAGGAUGGGGGAGACGUCCACCAACAUCGCCACGCUGAACAUGGACGACGCCCUCAAGGUCAGGGUGAAGGACGGCUGUGACAUGGGCGACGCGUGCGCCUCCAGCCCCUGCCCCCGGCAUAGCCACUGCCAAGACGCCUGGGACGGCUACACCUGCGUCUGCGACAAAGCACCCGGCGGCCUGCGUGCGCAGCCCCAGCGCCCGCGGGGCUACGUGUGCGAGUGCGGGGCCGGCCGCUACGGGCCGUACUGCGAGAACAGGAUCGACCUCCCGUGCCCCAAAGGCUGGUGGGGGAACCCCGUGUGCGGCCCGUGCCACUGUGCCGUCGACAAAGGCUUCGAUCCGGACUGCAACAAGACCAGCGGGCAGUGCCAGUGCAAGGAGAACCACUACCAGCCCCCGGACCAGGACGCCUGCCUGCCCUGCGACUGCUUCCCGCACGGCUCCCACAGCCGCGCCUGCGACGCCGACACCGGGCAGUGCGCCUGCAGGCCCGGGGUCAUCGGCCGCCAGUGCAACCGCUGCGACAACCCUUUCGCCGAGGUCACCGUGCUCGGCUGCGAAGUGAUCUACAGCGGGUGUCCCAGAGCGUUUGAAGCUGGCAUCUGGUGGCCGCAGACCAAGUUUGGGCAGCCGGCCGCGGUGCCGUGCCCCAAGGGAUCCGUGGGCACCGCCGUCCGGCACUGCAGCGGGGAGAAGGGCUGGCGGCCCCCCGAGCUCUUCAACUGCACCACGGCCUCCUUCGUGCAGCUCAAAGCCGUGAACGAGAGGCUGAGCCGCAAUGAGACGCGGAUGGACGGGCCGGGGGCCCUGCGGCUGGCCAGGGCGCUGCGCAAUGCCACACAGCACUCGGCCACGCUCUUCGGCCAGGACGUGCGCUCGGCCUCCCAGCUGCUGGCCCGCGUCCUGCAGCACGAGAGCGGCCGGCAGGGCUUCGAGCUGGCGGCCACGCGGGACGCCGACUUCCACCAGGAUGUCGUCCGCGCGGGCAGCGCCCUGCUGGCCCCGGGCACCAGGGCCGCGUGGGAGCAGAUCCAGCGCGGCGAGGGGGGCGUGGCCCAGCUGCUGCGCAGCUUCGAGGACUAUUUCAGCAACGUGGCCCGCAACCUGCCGCAGGACCUUCCUGCGGCCCUUCGUCAUCGUCACCGCCAACAUGAUCCUCGCGGUCGACGUCUUCGACAAGUUCAACUUCUCGGGAGCCUGGGUGCCGCGGUUCGAGGACAUCCGGGAGGACUUCCCGAGAGAGCUGGCGUCCUCCGUCUUCUUCUCCGCCGACUUCUUCCGACCUCCGGAGAGGAGAGAGGGGCCCUCAGGGAGGCCCGUCGGGGGUAAGGCCGCCCCGCACGCCCCGCGCCCUGGGCCUGGCGCCGAGAGCGAGGCCCCGUCCCGGAGGCGGAAGAGGCACCCCGAGGAGCCCGGCCAAUUCGCCGUCGCCCUGGUCGUCGUCUACCGGACGCUGGGGCAGCUGCUGCCCGAGCGCUAUGACCCCGAUCGCCGCAGC